AUGACCAACUCGUCGCUACCGCAGGUGCUGGCGCCGGUGGCCGCUGUGGCCGCCGUGGUCGCGGGCACGUCGCUGCUCGUCACCGUCCCGGCGGCGCUGGUCCUCGUCGCGCUCCUCACCUGGGCCUACCUGUACCCGUACCGCCGCGCCUCGCUCCACCCAUCAUUCGCCAACCUGCACGGCCCAGUGAACUCGUCGGCGGUCUUUGGCAACUGGCGCGACUUUCUCGACUCGGCCAACGACGACGGCACCGACAGCAGCCUCCCGCUCGAGUGGACCGAGCCGUGGCCUACCGGCCGCAUCCACGGCUUCUUCGGCACACACAUCUUCUACUCUACUGACCCCGGCGCGAUGAGCUACAUGCUCGCCAACGACGAGGUGUUCCAGAAGCCCCCGCGCCUGCUCAACCUCCUCGGCAUCCUCGUCGGCGGGCAGGGCCUGCUAAUGCUCGAGGGCAACCCGCACCGGCGGGCGCGCAAGGCCAUGAACCCCACGUUUGGGCCGCCCGCUAUCCGCGAGCUCGUGCCCCUCUUCUACGACAAGGCGUUUGAGCUCCGCGACAAGUUUGCGUCGUUCUUCGACCCUGCGAACGACGGCGUCGCGCUCGCACGCAGGGCCGAGGGCGACGACAAGAUUGUCGUCGGCGGACGCCGCAAGGUCGACGUGCAAAAGCCUCUGGCCGAGUUCGCGCUCGACGUGAUCGGCACGGCGGGCUUCAGCCACGACACGGCGGCGCUCAACAGCUCGCCGUCCGAGUUCACCGACGCCUGGCGCGCGAUGCAGGUGUCGCUAGGGCAGAAGGGCAAGCGCGAGCUCGCGCAGCUGUUUGCGAUGAUGCCCGUGCUGGAGAAGAUUCCCGUCGACGCACAGGUCAAGAUGACGGCGUACAACGACGCAGCGGUCAAGGUCGGGAAGCGCCUGGUGGGGAACAAGAUGGCCGCGCUUGAAGCCGCCGGGGGCGAUGCCAAGUCGGAGCUCGGACGCGACCUCGUCUCGCUGCUGCUCAAGUCCAACCUGGCGUCCAAGACGUCAGAGAAGAUGACCACGGAUGAGAUCGUAGACCAGAUCCGGACCUUCCUCUUUGCUGGGGCCGAAACCACCGCCGUUGCCAUGUCGUACGCGCUGUGGCGGCUGGGGCGUCACCCGGAGAUGCAAGACAAGCUACGCAAGGAGAUCCUGACGGUGGAGGAGGACAACCCGAGCUUCGACACGCUCAACGGCCUCACGUACCUCGAGUACUUUGUGCGCGAGAUCUUGCGCAUCCACUCGCCCGUAUCAAACACGAUUCGCAUGGCCAUGAGCGACGUGGUAAUCCCGCUCAGCAAGCCGACCAAGGGGCGUGACGGGAGCCUGGUCGACAGUGUCGUGUUGCGCAAGGGCACGACAGUCAUGAUCCCCAUCGCGAGCGUCAACGUCGCGUCGAGCAUCUGGGGCCCAGACGCUACCACGUUCAACCCCGACCGCCACGCGACCGAGCCGACCAUCAAGACGCCGGGGAUCUACGCCAACCUCAUGACGUUUAUCGGCGGGCCGCGUAACUGCAUUGGGUACAGGUUCUCGAUUGCCGAGAUCAAGGUCGCGCUGUUCGUCCUCCUCCGGAGCUUUAGCUUUGAGGUCCUGCCCGAUAUGCCGGAGCAGCGCCGCAUGCCUGGGAUCGACUUGAGGUCGUACAGCUUGGGGCAGGGGCUGCCACUUGCCCCGGAGAUGCCGCUGCUCGUGCGUGUGCUCGAGUAG